UCACUUUCUCUCUCUUGUUCUCGUUUCUUCUUCCUCUUUUCUUUCUCUCUUUCUGCUUCUUCCCCAUUCUCUCCUCUCAAAUUCUCAAUUCUUCCCCAAACCCAUCUCUUAGAACCCUAGUCCCAAACUCACGGCAACAAGGACGGUAAGUCGGCAACGAGGACGGCGACGAGUACUGCUUUAAGAGAAGUAGCAAGAAAUUGUUCUGAUCUUGGUCCAUUCAGCUUUAGGAAAUUGUCUUAUUCAUGGCUUCUAGACGAAAUAUACCACCACCAUAUGAUGAACGAUUUAUCCAAGCUUCAGAAAUGAUACAUCGUGGUCCUUUGCCUCCUGCUUUCCAUCCUAUGGAACCACUUCCUCCUCCUGUACUUUUAGAGAAUAAAUUGGUUUCCCAGGAAGCAGAAAUUGAUCAACUUGCGAGGGACAAUCAUAAAUUGGCAUCUACUCAUUUGGCCUUGAGGCAGGAUCUUGAAGCUGCACAACGGGAAGCAGAGAAACUUAGGGAACAUAUCAGAAGUACCCAAACUGAAGCCGACAUUCAGAUUCGCAUUUUGUUGGAAAAGAUUCCGAAAUUGGAAGCUGAAAUUAGAGCAGGGGACAAUGUAAAGAAAGAGCUUCAAGAGGCCCAUACAGAAGCACGGAGUUUAGUGAAAGCUAGGCAAGAGUUGACUGCUAAAAUCCAGCAGGCUACCAAUGAAUUGGAGAACUACCGUUCGACUGUUAAAAAGAUACCGGAAGUGCAUGCCGACCUUGAUAGCUUGAGGCAAGAGCAUCAAAGAUUACGCAAGACAUUUGAAUAUGAAAAAGGUUUAAACAUAGAAAAAGUGGAACAAAUGAAGCUUUUGGAGAAAGAUCUGAUUGGUAUGGCUGAAGAAGUAGAGAGGCUACGUGCCGAGGUGUUAAAUGCUGAGAAGAGGGCUAGUGCUCCAAUCCCAUAUACCAACCCCUACAUAAACACAGAUAAUUUAUAUCCACCUCCUGUACACGGAACCGGUGGCUAUGCUGGCAGUUUUGCUGGACCUUAUCUUCACACCGUUGGUGGGACAGCAGUGGCGGGAAUGAACCCAUAUGCCGUUGGCGGAUUUGCAGUCGGCCCUCCAGUAAUCACUGGUCCUGCAGCCGGUGCCAGUGCUGUUGCUGCUGGUAAUCCUUCCUGGGGAGUGAUGUAUAAUAUAUCCCAUACUCAGACGUAGAUGUUCAUGAGCUGCAAUGAGCCUUCUCCUUUUGGGGUAUCGGAGAAGUGAACUAACCUGGUAAUACAUUUUCACAGUAGCUGAUCAUAUUUGAACUUUGAUCGAUCUAAGGGCUUCUGCAGCUUGCUUUUAAGAUUUCUUGUAUAAAAUUUCUUUUGGCAGCCCAGUUUGGUUUCUUCAGUUGUAAAUUAUUGGUUGAUGUGUUUGAUGAUCCCCCAUUUGGUUCCAUUUCAUCCAUCGAGCGAGCAUGCUGACAACGUAGUUUAGGUCUUGUUUUUAUGUAUUUAGCUUAGCAUCCCUGUCUUCAGAUAUUUAAACCCAGCAUGGUAUAUGUGGUGAAAGAAAUAAUGCACCUGCUGUCGGUAGAACUUGGGUGCUACUGAA